UUACGGAAACUAUAUUCAAUAAAAUGUUGCGGAUAAGUGUAAAUGUCCAGGAUAAGCGGUCGUCAUUUUGUGCCGUGGCCUGCUCGAGCCAGGAUGUUUCGUACUAGGACUAGGACACUUAUUUUUGCUGUCGUUAGCAUAGCUAGCACAGCUACGUUCGCAUUGGCCGAACCCAUAAUCACGAACCCCGCACUACCCACCACAUUAUCAACACCCACAACACCAACAGUACCAGCAGUACUUCUUUCAUCUUGCCAAAAACUUGACCAUUUUAUUGAAAUCUAUGAUCUAGAUUCUCGUGGUUUUGUACAAACUUUAAAAUUAUGUAACGAAGAACCCAUUAACUCGAACACGACCACCGAAGGGACUUCUGUGUUGCUCAAACUGUACAAUGAAAUAAAGGGAGAACAGUGCACCUUUAAGGAUGGAAUGGAUCAAAAGUUAAUUGAAUGCGUCAACAAGGUACUUGGAUUUAAACCUCAGCUUACAGCUGACGACGCGAAAAAUCAUUUUGGACGUAAUGGCACACGCGCCUUACGAUUCGAGGAUCAAGAAUGUAUAAAUUCAGUAAAGGUACGAGAAUGUGUGGAAACUAUUUUGUCAGAAAAGCAUAUGGCACCUGAGUUCUUAGGAUGCAAAAAGAGCAUCAUCCGCGGAUUUAAUAUAACAGCCAAUAUAUGCCAACUAAAGGCUAAAGUCCGUGGCGCUAGAGGCAGUGGCAUGAAGUCUUUACCUUCAGACAUAUUAAUUUUGGGCACUGCAGUAAUGCUGAUUAAACUAACACUUUCACUUAUUUAAUAACAAUGAGGCAAUAUUAUACUACGUGUAGGUGCCUAUAUAAAUCAGUUUUUAUUUUACA